GUAAUCUAAAAAAAAUUCAUUGAUGAAGGGUCGUUUUGUAAACGGACAUUCACCAAUGCCCUUCGUCGGUUUUCAUUUCAUCUCUCUUCUUACGCGCGCGGUGUUAUCGGUCAUCUUCUUCUUCUUCUUUCAUCUUCUUCCCAAGCUUCUCAAAUCUGACUACACUCUCAACUUUUCAUCUCUUUCAGAUCUCACUUCCGUGCCCAUUUCCCAGAUCCUUAAUCCUUAAUCCUCAAUCCUCACUUCAUUCUUCAUUCUUCUCCAACCUUCAAACCCUCCGCUCUUGUAUGAUUCCACCAACUAGAUCUCUGCUUUCACCCCUCUACAACAAACUAUCGGCUUUCUUCAGAGAUGUUUCGACAUGGGUUUUCCGAUUUCAGCUUUGAUCUGCAUUUAGUUCUCGUGUAAUAUGGAUUUCAGAUUGAACUUAGAGGUGUCUAUGCUCAGAAAUUGUUCUUCGUGGAGAUUGUGUCCUUUUGACGGUACUUAAUUAUUGAAUUCGUCUUAGGAGGUGAAUACGGGUUAGAGGGUUUGAAAAGAAAACAUGUUCUGGAAGGACCGUGAUAGAGAGCACAAAGAACUGAAUGGCGGUCCUUUAUGUGGGCAGGUUCGAGUGCUUGUGGUUGGUGAUUCAGGAGUGGGGAAAACUUCUCUGGUUCAUCUAAUUGUAAACGGUUCUUCCAUUUCUUCUCCUUCUCAAACUAUUGGCUGUACAGUUGGAGUUAAGCAUAUCACCUAUGGAAAUGCGGGUAGCUCUUCAAGUAGCAUAAAAGGUGAUGCUGAGAGAGAUUUCUUUGUCGAACUUUGGGAUGUGUCAGGGCAUGAUCGCUACAAAGACUGUCGCUCUCUUUUCUAUUCUCAGAUUAAUGGCGUUAUUUUUGUUCAUGAUCUUUCCCAGAGAAGAACAAAAUCAAGCCUACAGAAGUGGGCAGUAGAGAUUGCAACGGUUGGGACAUUCUCAGCUCCCUUAGGAUCUGGAGGCCCUGGUGGCCUUCCCGUGCCAUAUAUUGUUAUUGGUAACAAAGUGGAUAUUGCUGCUAAAGAGGGUACGAGAGGAAGUAGUGGUAAUCUAGUUGAUGCUGCUCGCCAGUGGGUUGAGAAGCAGGGUCUGCUUUCCUUCAGUGAGGAAAUCCCUUUAACUGAGAGUUUCCCUGGCGGUGGAGGACUUCUUGCUGCUGCCAAAGAGGCAAGAUAUGACAAAGAAGCCGUGACCAAUUUUUUUCGCACGCUCAUCCGAAGAAGAUAUUUCUCAGAUAGCUUACCUGCAGCAAUCACUUGGUCCGUUUCUCCAGUUCCAAAAUCUGUACAGCGCCUUGACGAUGCCAUCAGUGAUGAGGAACAGUCCUACAGUCGUCCAAGUUUCAGCAGCGAAACGUACAAAUACAACGCACUUCCUCCACUCCCAGCACAACGCAAUCUUACUCCACCUCCAACACUUUAUCCUCAGCAGCCAUUUUCAGCCUCUGAGAACUACAGCCUUCCAAAAUUUGCUCUUUCAGCCUCCCAGGAGAUGAACAAUUCUAGCCGGUCAAAGCGCUCGGAUAUUAACGUAUGAUUCGAUCAGUCGAUGACUAGCAUGUGUGAUAGCAAUAGCUGUGGUAUACUUUUAAUAUAGCUGUAUGAGUUGUCUGGACUUUUGGUUGAUAUAAAAUCAGUUCAUUAAUUCUUUCAUGGCUUAAGGGAUCCGUCUCUGUAAUUGGUGCUUGAUUCAUAGUAUGUUUAAUGAUAUGAUAUGCUAUGCUAUAGAACAA